AUGGAGAAUCGAGUCCUCACGAAUCGUGACUGGAAAAAAAUAGAAGCAUUUGUUGGCUCAAAGACAGUUAUCCAGAUAAGAAGUCACGCACAGAAGUACUUCUUAAAGGUCCAAAAGAAUGGAACUGUUGCUCAUGUACCACCACCUCGGCCCAAGCGUAAAGCAGCUCGUCCAUAUCCACAAAAGACGUCUAAGAAUGCUCCUCAAAUAGCUCAACCAAAACCAUUUCAAGUUACACAUUUGCAUGAACAAGGCUAUGUCUAUGGGACCAAGUCAUCGUCCUUGCUCAGGAGCUCUUGCACUGAAGGUACACAACCAGGAGUUAUUGUAGUUGAGAAUUGCUGUUUGAGCAGUACUGAAAGCCCUUGUGCAUCCCAAGCAAGCUGUGAAAAAAGCAAGCAAGGAAACCAAAUAGCAUUACUUCAGGCCAUGCCAGAUUUUGUUCAGGUAUACAACUUCUUAGGCAGUGUUUUUGAUCCAAGUACAAGAUGGCAUUUACAGAAGCUAAAGGAGAUGGAUCCUGUUGAUGUUGAAACGGCUUUAUUGUUAAUGAGGAAUCUGUCCAUCAAUUUGACUAGCCCUGAUUUUGAAGAUCAUAUGAAGUUACUGGCCGGGUAUGGCUCUCAAGUGUCGGAACCUAAACCUGUCCGCGCUGACAAGCUACUAGUUGCUAAUUAACAUUCAACUACUGUUUGUACCUGCAAGAUUAAUCAUUAGUUCUUGAUUUGUUUGCAAGCCUCGUCUGAGUACGGCCUUAGCUGGUCUGUCUCCCUCAGUAGCUAGCAAGCAAAUAUCACAGCUAAAGCCUACACAAAAUUGCGUACGAUCGGACCAAUCCUGAGGUUGCAGAAUGCCAAGUGCGAAUCUCCUUGUCGGAUCGUUCCCCACCCACCACGUCCACUGCCAGGAGGACACACUCAACUAAACCCAUUUCAUCCAUUAUAGUCUCUGCAAAAUAGAUUCACAUCACUUCCCUAUUCAUUCCUUUAACUGAAACAAGUAUUCUCUGCAUGUGAUCGACACAUUGGCUUGUAAGAAAUCCUUCGAACAGUUAAA